GCAGAUUCACCUGGGCUGUGUGAGGCAAAGAAAUACCAGGAAAAGCAGAACCUUGGCAGAGGACAACACAUAACAGGUGAUCCUUUCUGGAGUAACAUGGCAACAGAAUACACAUAUGAUGACCUUGGGUCUGGGAAAGACAUUUGUAUCAUUGAUAGCAUGACCUUGAAAGAAGGAAUUGGUGAAAAUGAUGUAGGACAUUGGGGUGAAGCCCUUGUAGCCCAGUAUCUGCAAAAACAGAAAGAACUCGGAAACAUACAGGAUUACUCAUGGAAAAAUUGUGAGGAAGAGACAGGAUUUCCAUUUGAUUUUGAGAUUCAGCUUAAAGGUGAUGACGGUGGGCACAGAAAUUACAUAGAGGUGAAGAGCACAGUGUCCGAGAGUAAAGAAGUGUUUGAAAUAUCAGUGCAGCAGGUCAGAUUUGCAAACCAAAUGAAGAGCAGUUUUCAUAUUUAUCGUGUUUUUAAUGCAGGGAAUCCAGAGCGUGUGAAGUUGAUACGUAUCAGUAACCUUGAUAUGAGACUUUCAACAAAACAAGUCAAGCUAUGUAUGCUAAUAUGA